AACCGAAAUCAUCUGGAACUCGUGGUCCUAAUUUGCCACUUCUUUGUUUCCAAUCUGCUGCUCGUCACCAAUUUCUGGUGAUCUUUUUUGCGCUCAAAACUACUGUGUUAUUAAGAUAAAAACCCAGAUCAAGCAAGAUGCCCGAUUCCGAGCGUUUCUCGAUUUUCUCAAAAGGAAAGAGAAGUGAUAAUUUAAGAAAAAGAGGAGAGGGGUAAAGUGACAAUGGAGUCGCCGUUCAAGCCCGAUAUUCUUAAGGGGAAGGUGGCGCUCGUGACGGGAGGAGGAUCCGGGAUCUGCUUCGAGAUCUCCACGCAGCUCGGGAAGCACGGCGCCGCCGUUGCCAUAAUGGGUCGCCGCCGUAGCAUCCUUGACACCGCCGUCGACGCCCUCCGGUCGCAAGGCAUUCGCGCUAUUGGAUUUCAGGGAGAUGUCCGCAAACAGGAAGAUGCAAGAAGGGUUAUAGAAAGUACCAUUAGCCAUUUUGCAAGGCUUGACAUUCUUGUAAAUGGGGCGGCAGGCAAUUUUCUAGUAUCUCCCGAGGACUUAUCAACUAAUGGUUUCAGGACAGUGCUGGAUAUUGAUUCUGUUGGCACAUACACGAUGUGCCAUGAAGCUCUAAAGUAUCUAAAAAAAGGAGGGUCGGGGAAAGAUCAAUCUGCUACUGGUGGCCUUAUUUUGAACAUAAGCGCCACAGUACAUUAUACUGCAGCAUGGUAUCAGAUUCAUGUGUCUGCUGCCAAGGCAGCAGUUGAUAGUAUCACAAGGUCCUUGGCCCUGGAAUGGGGUACAGAUUAUGAAAUCAGGGUCAAUGGAAUUGCACCGGGACCAAUUGAAGGCACUCCUGGAUUGCAAAAACUUGCACCAGAGGAGAUGAAGAACAAAGCACGAGAAUACAUGCCUCUUUACAGAUUGGGAGAGAAAUGGGAUAUCGCCAUGGCUGCUCUCUUCUUGGCUUCUCAUGCAGGUAAAUAUAUCAAUGGAGCUACUAUUAUCGUUGAUGGAGGGCAUCGGUUAAGCCGGCCUCGGCAUAUCGCAAAGGAGGAGGUGAAGCAACUCUCAAGGAUUGUCGAACAGAGAUCCAGGGCAUCACCAGCUAGCUUGGCGAGUAGCAAACUGUGAAGAAUAAUGAUUCAGAUAAGAAACCUUCAUUAAACUGUUGUGAUUACUUAUGCAAAUAUGGAUUCAAAAGUAAUAUCUUCUUGUUAUUUGUUGCUUUAGCUUAAAAUGCAGGACAUUAAGGUUCUGUUGUGGUAGAGGUUGAUUUACAAAGCCUGCAUUUUCAACUAUUGUAAUUUUAAAAUCCAAUUCAGCUUGUAUGGUUAUAAUAAUUUCAUAAUGAAUUUUAAAUCUAUUAUUUGAUAGAAACUAAUAUCAAUAUGUUGAUUGUGA